AUGUCUUCCUCACCAGACUUCAAGGGAUGGGUCGCUCACGACCCCUCUGCCGCCGACGGAAACAUGCAAUGGGGUGACUACACCCCCAAGAACUUCGAGUCCACCGACAUCGAGAUGGAGAUCAGCCACUGCGGUGUCUGCGGCUCUGACAUUCACACUCUCCGCUCCGGCUGGGGCCCCUCGGACUACCCUCUUGUCGUCGGUCACGAGAUCAUCGGAAAGAUCACCCGUGUAGGAGACGAUGUCAAGGACCUCAAGGUCGGUGACCGCGUUGGUGUUGGUGCUCAGAGCGACUGCUGCGAGAGCUGCAGGCCCUGCAAGACUAAGCAGGAAAGCAACUGCAACAACUUCGUCAUGACCUACAACGGCAAGUACAAGUCUGGCGACAAGGCCAUGGGUGGUUACGCAAAGAACUGGCGUGGACCUGCUUCUUUCGCCAUUCCCAUUCCUGAGGGUCUGCCUUCAGAGUACGCCGCUCCUCUCAUGUGCGGUGGUGUCACCGUCUACAACCCCCUCGUCUCCUACGGUGCCGGCCCAGGAAAGCGCGUCGGUGUUGUCGGUAUUGGUGGUCUCGGUCACUUCGCCCUCCUUUUCGCGAAGGCUCUCGGAUGCGACGAGGUCGUUGCCAUCUCCCGUUCUUCAAGCAAGAAGGCCGAUGCUAUGGAGCUCGGCGCUGACAAGUUCAUCGCCACUGGCGAGGACCCCGAAUGGAUGACCAAGAACGCCGCCGGCCUGGACAUCAUCAUCUCCACCAUCUCUGGUGGUUUCCCUCUGGACCAGUACCUCAACCUCCUUGACGUCAACGGCACUUUCGUUCAGCUCGGUGCUCCUGACGACCCAUUGCCCUCUUUCUCCCCCAUGGGCCUCAUCUUCAAGAACUUGAAGAUCGCUGGUAGCUUGAUCGGCACCAGGCAACACAUCCGCGACAUGUUGGAGUUGGCCAAGAAGACCAACCUGAAGGCUUGGGUCCAAGUUAGGCCCAUGUCCGAGGCCAACGACGUCAUUGUCGACUUUGAGAAGGGCCUUCCCAGGUACCGUUACGUGCUCAAGAACUAG